AGCGCUCGCGAGAUCUCAGAUCGCCGGACCCGAAAGGUUCUUAGGAAGUUGAAGGGCCCGGAGGAGGCCCCAGGGCAAAUGGCCGGAGCUGGACCAACCAUGCUGCUACGAGAAGAGAAUGGCUGUUGCAGCCGGCGUCAAAGCAGCUCCAGCGCCGGGGUUAGCGCAGGCUCAGGUUUUGGGAUUGAGGGGCAGUCGGGGAGCAAGAUGGGGGGACGAAGGGGGAACUGCAGCUCCCGGCAGGCUCUGGGCUUCAUGUGAGUGCCCCGCGGGCUGUCGGGAGCUGUGGUUCCGCGGGUGGGCGGCAGCCGGGGCGGCGCGGUCUCAGCGCGUGUCCCACCCCGCGCAGGACUCAGACGGGGAGCGCGAGGACUCGCCGGCUACGCGCGCAAGACUGCAGCUGGAGGCGCUGCUCAACAAGACUAUGCGCAUUCGCAUGACAGAUGGACGGACAUUGGUCGGCUGCUUCCUCUGCACCGACCGCGACUGCAAUGUCAUCCUGGGCUCGGCGCAGGAGUUCCUCAAGCCGUCGGAUUCCUUCUCUGCCGGGGAACCCCGUGUGCUGGGUCUGGCCAUGGUACCCGGACACCACAUCGUUUCCAUUGAGGUGCAGAGAGAGAGCCUGGCGGGGCCUCCUUAUCUCUGACCACGAUCGCGCGUGCCUUUCAGACUUCAUUAAACCUGUAACAGAAGUG